AUGCCAAAAAGAAAGGUGUCAGUGACUUUAUCUGAGAACUGUGUUAACCAUCAGGGUGAAACACUAAAUUAUUACUGUGAAACUCAUGAUAUUGUUGCCUGCACCUUGUGCAUAUUUCAGGAGCAUCGAAAUUGUACCGACAUCUGCACCGUUGUUAAAAAAGCAGACAAAAUUAAAGAUUCUGCUUCAUACAAAGAGCUAUGCAUGAAAUUAACGGAGGCAGGAGAAAGGAUUGGUAAACAAAUUAAAGAGGCAAAAUUAAAAAUGAAAAUAAGCGAAAAUUCUACCGAAGAAGCAGUUUCAAGCAUCGACAAAUUUCAAAAGGAAUUAAAUGAGAAAAUUGAUUCUUUAAGGAAUCAGAUGGUAAAAGAAUCAGAAGACUUGCAGAAUGGAGUUCGUUUGAAGAUGAAUGAAGUCGAAGAAAAGGCAAAAAGAGCAAAAGGGGAACUUGAAGAUCUACAAAACGAUAUCCAAUUUCUGGAAGAAGCAAAUCUGCAUAGUCAGCUAUUUAUAGCCGCAAACAAAGCAAGCAAGCAGCACAAAGGUUUAGAAGACGCAUUAAGGCAAAUGGAAAUUGAAAAAGAAAUAAAGAAAUAUCGGUUCAUUCCAAAUCAGAUACUCAUCAAUCUGAUGCAAAAUGUGGAUUCACUUGGUGAACUAUUUGUUCAAGACAUAGACAACCCAUCUGAGCCUCCUCAAAGUUUUUACGAAAAUUAUUUGGAAUACGGUUUUCGUAAAUGGUUACCACUUUCAGAAGCCAGCAUCAUGGUUCUUGAUCAUGUUCAAAACUGCAUCUAUCUCGUAGAAAAAAAAUGA